CAAAAAUAUGAAUGUGCUGAAAAGCAUAGAAAUCAAAACCAAAUCUCAUUACCAUUUUCUUUCAUACACACAUUUAGAAACCAAUCAAUCAGAAAAAUAAGAAACACAUGGCGGAGGAGAAGAAGAUCCACACGUUAAGGUUCGGAAGUUCCAUUCUAGUUCCUUCCGUUCAAGAGUUAGCCAAACACCCCAUCACCGAAAUUCCACAUCGAUACAUCCGCCCCGAUCUCCUCCACCACUCCCCGAUCGCCUCCGCCGCUUCCCAAAUCCCCGUGAUCGACAUGUCCAACUUCCGCUCUAAUGAUACAAUGGACUCCGAAUUGUCUCGCCUUCACUCCGCCUGUAAAAAUUGGGGAUUCUUUCAGUUGGUGAAGCAUGGAGUGAGCGAUUCAUUGAUGGAGAGAAUGAAGAUGGAAACGCAGAAAUUGUUCCAACUUCCGAUUGAAGAGAAGAAAAAGCUAUGGCAGAGAGAAGGGGAUGUGGAGGGGUUUGGACAAGCUUUCAUUACAAGUGAAGAACAGAAAUUGGAUUGGUGUGAUAUUUUCUUCAUUGCUACAUCGCCUUCACAUUUCAGGAAUCCCCGAUUGUUUCAAAAUCUCCCUCUCUCUUUGAGAGAAACAUUGGAGGAGUACUCGGCGGCGGUGAAGGAUGUGACGACGGCGAUAAUUGGCGGCAUUGAGAAAGCGUUGGGGAUAAAAGAGGGAGAGAUGAGUGAGUUGUUCAAAGACGGUAAUCAAUCGAUGAGAAUAAACUAUUACCCGCGGUGCCCGGAGCCGGAGAAGGUGAUCGGACUGACGCCUCAUUCCGACUCGGUUGGGCUAACGAUUCUGCUCCAAAUCAACGAAGUAGAAGGUCUGAAGAUUAAGAAAGAAGGAAAUUGGAUUACCGUUAUGCCCCUUCCAAAUGCCUUCAUCGUUAACAUUGGCGACAUCUUGGAGAUGGUAACAAAUGGGAAAUACAAAAGCAUAGAGCAUUGUGCAACAGUGAACUCAAAGAGUGAAAGGCUGUCCAUAGCAACUUUCUACACUCCUAGUUUGGAGAAGGAAAUAAGGCCAACACCAUCCCUCAUCACACCACAUUCUCCUCCCUUGUUUCGAACUUUGACAUAUCAAGAGUAUGUGAAGGGCCUUUUCUCUCGAACACUCGACGGAAAAACUUAUCUCGACGCUAUGCGAAUUCACCCUCCUUCAACCAAAUCGAAAUCAAAUCUCAUCACCAUCUUCAUACAGAAAUUCAGGAAUCAAUCAAUCAGAAAAAUAAGGAACACAUGCAUGGCGGAGGAGAAGAAGAUCGACACGUUAAGGUUAGGAAGUUCCAUUCUAGUUCCUUCUGUUCAAGAGUUACCCAAACACCCCAUCACCGAAAUUCCACAUCGAUACACCCGCCCCGAUCUCCUCCACCACUCCCCGAUCACCUCCGCUUCCCAAAUCCCCGUGAUCGACAUGUCCAACUUCCGCUCCGAUCAUACAAUGGACUCCGAAUUGUCUCGCCUUCACUCCGCCUGCAAAAACUGGGGAUUCUUUUAGUUGGUGAAGCAUGGAGUGAGCGAUUCGUUGAUGGAGAUAAUGAAAAUGGAAAUGCAGAAAUUGUUCCAACUUCCGAUUGAAGAGAAGGAAAAGCUAUGGCAGAUAGAAGGAGAUGUAGAAGGAUUUGGACAAGCUUUCGUUAGAAGUAAAGAACAGAUAUUGGAUUGGUGCGAUAUUUUCUUCAUCGCUACAUCGCCUUUACAUUUCAGGAAACCCCGGUUAUUUCAAAAUCUUCCUCUCUCUUUGAGAGAGACAUUGGAGGAGUACUCGGCGGCGGUGAAGGAUGUGACGGCGGCGAUAUUUGGUGGAGUUGAGAAAGCGUUGGGGAUAAAAGAGGGAGAGUUGAGUGAGUUGUUCAAGGAGGGCAAUCAAUCGAUGAGAAUGAACUAUUACCCACCCUGCCCGGAGCCAGAGAAGGUGAUCGGACUGACGCCUCAUUCCGACCCCGUUGGACUCACGAUUCUGCUCCAAAUCAACGAAGUAGAAGGUCUGAAGAUUAAGAAAGACGGGAAUUCGAUUACCGUUAUACCCCUCCCAAGCUUCAUAGUUAACAUUGGCGACAUGUUGGAGGUAAUUUUACCACCCUCCCUUUCAUGCAGCCCUCUUUUCUAACCUAAUAAUAUAAUA